GCCAACUCAACUCUUAACCCUCCCCUUUCAUCUCUCCUUCCCACCUCGCAAUCUCUUUUCCCUCUCUUACCCCGUCCACUAUGCUGUCGGGUAUUCUCGUCUUCAAUCAGAAAGGCGAGAACCUUAUCUUCCGUGCGUUCCGCAAUGACUGUCGUCCGCGCCUAGCAGACAUCUUCCGCAUCCAGGUCAUCUCGAACCCGCAGGUCCGCUCGCCUAUUCUAACACUAGGCUCGACGACUUUCAGCCAUGUGAAGCACGAGAAUAUUUACUUGGUUGCCGUGACGAAGAGUAAUGCGAAUGCAGCUCUGGUGUUUGAGUUCUUGUAUCGCCUGGUGUUACUGGGCAAGAGCUACUUUGGGAAGUUUGAUGAAGAGGCAGUGAAAAAUAACUUUGUCUUGAUUUAUGAGUUGUUAGAUGAAAUCCUCGACUUCGGAUACCCCCAAAACACCGAAACCGACACGCUGAAAAUGUACAUCACCACGGAAGGCGUCAAAUCCGCGAUCGUCAACUCCUCGACGGACUCCAGCCGCAUCACCAUGCAAGCUACGGGCGCACUCUCGUGGCGCCGCUCCGACAUCAAAUACCGCAAGAACGAGGCCUUCGUCGACGUGAUCGAGGAUGUGAACCUGCUCAUGUCGGCCACCGGCACGGUGCUCCGCGCCGACGUCAACGGCCAAAUCGUCAUGCGCGCCUACCUCAGCGGGACGCCCGAGUGCAAGUUCGGAUUGAACGACCGCCUCCUACUGGACGGGGACUCGUCCACGACCGACGCCCUCGACGGACGCCCCGGGAAACGCGACGGCAAGACAAAGGCGACCCGCGCGGCCGCGGGAUCAGUCACCCUCGAAGACUGCCAGUUCCAUCAAUGCGUGAAGCUGGGUCGGUUCGACGCGGACCGCAUCAUCUCGUUUGUGCCGCCGGACGGCGAGUUCGAGCUCAUGCGGUACCGCGCCACCGAGAACGUCAACCUGCCCUUCAAAGUGCACCCGAUUGUGCGGGAAAUCGGGACCACCAAGGUCGAAUACAGCGUGGCCAUCAAGGCCAACUACAGCUCGAAGCUGUUUGCGACCAACGUGGUGAUUCGGAUCCCGACGCCGCUGAACACCGCAAAGACGACGGAACGCACGAGCCAGGGCCGCGCCAAGUACGAGCCCGAACACAACAACAUCGUCUGGAAGAUUGCGCGCUUCUCAGGUGGGAGCGAGUACGUGCUGAACGCCGAGGCAACGCUGACGAGCAUGACGCAUCAGAAGGCGUGGAGUCGGCCACCGCUGAGUUUAUCAUUUAGUCUGCUCAUGUUCACGAGCAGUGGGCUGUUGGUGCGGUAUCUGAAAGUCUUUGAGAAGAAUAAUUAUAGUAGUGUCAAGUGGGUGCGGUAUAUGACUCGCGCUGGAAGUUAUGAAAUUCGUUUCUAGUUUACUUUUAGAGAGUACCAUCAGUCUGCAUUGGCAUUGAUAUCUGCGACAUAUGCUAUCAUUGAGCUUGGUGUCUGGCGUUGUAUCUAUCUUGCAUUAAUCGUGUCAUGUCGUGACCGUACAAACAUUGGGCUGGCUGUAUUUGGACUAAUAGUAAUAGUAGGGUAAAUAUGGAGGUGCCUCUAUCCAUUUUAUAGUAUACAACCUCUGCGUGUACUGUACAUAGUACUGUCAAGCAAUAGUUAGGUAGUAGAGUAGUAUAGAGUACCGCAGUUAUUAACGAGCUACGGAGUAAAUAGGUAGGCAACGUAACGAGGAAGAUCAAAGAUAUAUACAACAACAAAGUC